GUAUAUUUCGUUUCUCCAUAAAAACAAAUCCAGAUGAAGAAAUUACAGAGAAGAAGCAAAAGAAAGUGGCGUCUUCUUCUCUCCCAUAUAUUCAGCCGCCACUUCUUCUCCUCAAUCUCAGUCUUAUAUAUAUAUAUAUAUACACACACACACAUAUAUAUACAUAUAGCCCAUAGAUUCAAUUCAAAGCUUAUUAAGACUCAUUUUGCUCAAUUCAACGACAAUUGCCUUUACACACGACGAGCUACUCGAAUCAGAGAAAUUGGAUAGCGACUAAUCGAUUUUAGAUUCUCUGUUUCUUCUCUGUUUUGCUUUCUCUGAAUCUCUGAUCGAAUCGGAUCGGAAGUUUUGUGCGAUUUGAAUGGUGACGAAGGGAAUGGUUAUUGGGAAAUACGAGCUUGGGAGGACACUUGGAGAAGGCAAUUCUGCAAAAGUCAAAUUCGCCAGAGAUAUUUAUUCCGGCCAAUCCUUCGCCGUCAAAAUCAUCGACAAGUCUCGUAUCACUCGUCUCACCGUCUCUUUUCAGAUAAAGAGAGAGAUUCGUACACUGAAAGUGUUGAAGCAUCCAAAUAUUGUCAGAUUACAUGAGGUCUUGGCUAGCAAAACCAAGAUUUACAUGGUCCUUGAAUGUGUCACUGGAGGAGACUUAUUUGACAGAAUUGUGAGAUUCAUAUUUGCUCCGCGAACAGUGUUUUGUUCGUUAGCCCAAAAGGUUUGUAAUUUCAAGUCUAAAAAGUAUGCUCUCAUAUGAUCUCAGGUCUCCGAAGGAAAGCUUUCGGAAACAGAAGGAAGAAAAAUGUUUCAGCAGUUGAUUGAUGGAAUCAGCUACUGUCACAACAAGGGCGUUUUCCACAGAGAUCUCAAGGAAGAUGGGUUGCUACAUACAACAUGUGGAAGUCCUAACUAUGUAGCGCCUGAGGUUCUAGCUAACAAGGGCUAUGAUGGUGCAUCAUCAGAUAUUUGGUCGUGUGGAGUGAUCUUGUAUGUUAUUCUUACCGGAUGUCUCCCUUUUGAUGACACAAACCUCGCUGUUCUUUGUCGGAAGAUAUUCAAAGGUGACCCUCCAAUACCUAGAUGGAUAUCACCAGGUGCUAAAACGAUGAUCAAGAGAAUGCUCGAUCCAAACCCAAUCACGAGGAUAACGAUCGCAGCUAUUAAGGCCAAUGACUGGUUCAAACAUGACUACAGUACUCCUUCGAAUUGCGAUUGUGACGAUGAUGCCUCCUCAAUUCAAGAAGAUGUAUCAGAGGAAGAGAAGAAUAUCCCUGAUUCUCCAACCGUGAUCAACGCCUUUCAGUUGAUCGGAAUGUCAUCGUUUCUCAACCUCUCCGGUUUGUUUGAGACAGAAAAAGUAUCAGAGAGGCAGAUUAGAUUCACGUCAAAUAGGUUAGCCAAAGAUUUGUUGGAGAAAAUCAAAACAAUCCUCAUGGAGAUGGGUUUCUGCGUUCAGAAGAAACACACAAUGGUAAAAGCAACCAAAGAAGAAAGCACUGGAGAAGGGCAAGACGGUUUAUCAUUAACGGCUGAGGUUUUUGAGAUAACCCCGUCGUUGAAUGUGGUUGAAUUAAGAAAAAUACAUGGCGAUUCAUCUCUAUUUAAACAGUUGUACGAGAGAUUAUUGAACGCAUUGGGCACAACAUCGCAAGUACAAAAGCUUCUUACGUAGACAGCAGCAGAAACAAAUGUCGACUAUAUUCGAAUCCGGGAUUCUAAGAGGGUUUAUGUAAUUAAAAUUUUCGUAUAAAUUUGGUACAUUAGUCAAAUCCCAAAAGUUCUAUUCUUUUGUAUAAACAUUACAUUUGUCUCUUAAUCUGUACAUAAUAAGUAUAUAAUUAAGCAUAAUGGUUUUGUUCAAUUACUCUUAAAUCCUAAUUAAUUUGGUGUUAACUCCUUCAAAAUGUGUUUGCAAAUUAGACUUUGAAGAGGACAAGGCAUGUUGAUUUUUAGUUUUUUUUUAUGAAGAUUAAUUAAA